GAUGAAGAAACUUUUCCUCGAGAGAUAUUUUCCUGCCUCAAAAGCUACUCAAAUUCGCAAGGAAAUUUGUGGGAUGAAGCAAAAUGUGGGAGAGUCAUUGUACGAAUGUUGGGAGCAAUAUAAGAGAUUGCUGGCAAGCUGUCCACACCAUCAAUUCAGUGACGUUAUGAUACUCCAAUACUUCUACGAAGCUCUACAACCAAGUGACAGAUCUCUUCUUGACGCCGCGGGUGGUGGUGCACUAAUGAACAAGACGGUGACCCAAGCUACCGAGUUGAUUGAGAGUAUGGCGACGAACACACAAGAGAAGAACCAACGGUUAGGCGAGUGCAUGAAGUUAGUGAUUCAUCAGCAUACCUUGAACAAAGGAUGGGGAGCAUAGAAAGGGUAAUGCAACGGAUGUCCGCAGUAAUUAUUCCGGAUGAUGAGACCGAACAAGUAAAUGCUUUAUAUCCAAAUCAAAGGCCAAGGUACGAUCCAUACUCCAAUACUUACAAUCCUGGUUGGAAGGAUCAUCCUAACUUUAGUUAUGCGAACAAGCAAGCGGCGGCUCCUAAUCCAUAUGUGCAACAAGGUGGAUUCCAACAAUCACGCUUCCAACCUCAACAACAGUUCCAACCACAACAAGUCAAGGAGCAAGAUUCUUGGAAUGAUGACAAGUUCAAUGUGAUAAUGCAAAGCAUGCAAGGUCUCACUUCUAUGUUACAACAAAACCAACAAAAGACCGAUCCGGAAAUCAAGGCUUUGGAACAAAAUACCGGUUCCGCAAUAAAGGAUUUACAAAUUCAAGUGGGGAAAUUGGCGACCGAUGUGAACCUAUUGAAAUCUCAAGCAUCCACAAAGCUUCCUUCACAACCAUUUGUGAAUCCAAGAGAGAGUGUCAAUGCAAUUUCAUUGAGGAGUGGAAAACAAGUGGAGCAACCAAAUCAACAAGAUAAGGUGCAUGAAGAGUUAGUCGUAGACAAAGAGGAAACCAAACCAAAGGAUAAUUUUAAGGAACCGGUUCCUACUUUCACCACUCCACCCCCGUUUCCUAGCCGAUUUGCUAAGUCGGAGAAAGAGUUGGAAUACAAGGAUAUUUGGGACAUCCUUAAAGAAGUACAAGUCAAUAUUCCAAUCAUUGAAGCUAUUCGACAAAUUCCUCGUUGUGAAAAGUUCUUAAAGGAGUUGUGCAUGAAGAAGAAAAGAUUGAAAGGGAAUGAAGUCAUGAGUGUGGGGGAGAAUGCUUCGGCGUUCAUUCUCAAGAAACUCCCACCUAAAAUAAAGGACCCCAGUAGUUUCACCAUACCUUGCACAAUUGGUAAAACAAGGUUUACUCGAGAUUUGCUAGAUUUGGGAGCAUCGGUUAAUGUUAUGCCUUCCUCGAUUUAUGAUUCUUUAAAUCUCGGUCCUCUUAAGGAGACGGAGUAGUUCUUGAACUUUCUAACCGAUCUAAUGUUUACCCGAAAGGGAUUGUUGAGAAUGUUUUGGUGCAGGUUAAUGAGCUUGUAUUCCCGGCCGAUUUCUAGGUCUUAGACAUGAAUGAUGAGAACUCUCCGAAGUCUACACCUUUGCUAUUGGGUAAACCAUUCUUAAGCACCGCUGGAACGAAGAUUGAUGUCCAAAUGGAACCUUGACUAUGGAGUUUGAUGGUGCAGUCAUCCACUUCAAUAUCUUUGAGACAAUGAGAUACCCAGGUGAUGUGAAGCCAUGUUUUCCCGUUAAAGAGAUUAAUGCGGGCUAACGAAUCAUGCAAGAGCUAAGUCGGGCCGUCGACUUUAAAACAAGCGCUUAAUGGGAGGCAACCCAUAGAUUAGGAGCAGGGAGACA